AUGUCUAAUCAUCCCUUGGGUCCAGUCGUCACAUUGCCUCCGGCCAAACUACCCUCAGAGGUUACCCUCACCGGCCGCACGGUUGCUCUGACCAAACUCAACGCAAGCCACGCCGCUCAGCUCGUCCCCCUGAUCGGUGGUGACGAUGAAAGAAUCGCUGCCCUUUGGGACUACAUGCCCGACGGUCCAUUCAACGACUUGACGACUUUCCAAGAAGCCAUCACGGCCAAAUCGAAAUCUUCCGACCCGUUUUAUUUCGCAAAUCUCAGCAUUGAGAUUGGGAAUGUACUAUUUUCUCCGACGUUGCAGCGGACGACGGUCGCUACCGAGGCGUUCUACCUUGUUCUCAAGUACGCGAUUGAAGAAUUGGGCUUCCGCCGAAUCGAGUGGAAGUGUAAUGCGCUGAAUGCGCCUUCCAGACGUGCUGCGCUGAGAUUGGGAUUUACCUUUGAAGGGAUCUUUCGGCAGCAUAUGGUGAUCAAAGGGAGGAAUAGAGAUACGGCAUGGUUCUCGAUGCUGCGCGAUGAGUGGGAGGGUGGUAUCAAGGACGCUAUGGAGGCGUGGCUGCAGGAGAGCAACUUUGACGGCAGUGGUAGGCAGAAGAAGAGACUUGAAGAGCUGCGGAUGGAAAGGCAAUCCAUAACUCAGAAUUAG